AUGCUUUUGGAGCUUCGCAAUCUCAGAAUCACCUUGCACAACUCCCGGAGCUACCUUCUGCUUAAUCUCAUUGAGCUCUCCGAUCUGUUCCGGGAGGUGGCGUCCUGGUCUCCGCGUUUACAGGUGGAGACCCGUGAGGCCAGUGCCAAAGCUGAAGUGGGCACCCACUGCGCAUCCACAGAGCCAGAAUGUCGCGUUGGGGUGGGGCCCUCGCUUUAUCCACCAGUGAGGAGCACCCGCCCAGGAGAGCCCACUCAGCACUCCCCGGCACCAAGGUCUCCGGCUCAGAGCUCGCCUGCCUGCAUCUACUCAGGCCCAGCCCUCAUCCUGCACAACGAUGAGGUCACAGUCACAGAGGAUAAGACCAAUGCCCUCCUUAAAGCAGCGGGUGUAAAUGUGGGACCUUUCUGGAGGAACUUGUUUGCAAAGGCCCUGGCCAGUGUCAACAUCUGGAGCCUCAUCUGCGAGGUAGGGGCUGGAGGAGCCACCCCAGCAGGAGAUCCCGCUCCCCCCUCCGGGGCUGCCCCUGCGGAGAAGAAAGUGGAAGCAAAGAAAGAAGAAUCGGACGAGUCUGGUGAUGACACACGUUUUGGUCUUUUGGACCACACCUCUCCCAUUUGCCUGGCUAGGAGACUUCUUGGCUCCCACGUGGCCCUCGACGCAAUCUCGGUACCAAUGGCGUGCCUUCAACAGCCAUCCCCGAGUGAGACUCACCACCAGCAGGGCGACAUGAACUAG